AUGGUGCGGAAACGAAUUGACAUAAUUGACAAUUCCUCGGUCGUUAUGACUAACGAGGACAAGUAUGGGGCGACUCCUGAGGUGUUGAAAGAUUUUUUGUCUGUGUUCCUUGAUGAUGAGGUUGAUUUGCGUUAUGGGGCCGUUGUACGAAGGAUUAUUCCAAGAAGGAUGCAGAUGCGCUGGCGGGAUGCACGUAACAAAGUGGAUUGUGGGGUCUUUGCAAUGCGGCAUAUGGAGUCGUUUUUGGGUGAAUCAGUGACUGCAUGGGAUUGCGGUUUACAGAAGGGUGAUACUGGUGGUCUUGAUUUGUUGAGGAGGUCUUAUAUGCGGCAGAUUUUGACGAAUGAGAUUAAUGCUCACCAUCACAAGAACAUUUGUAGUGUAGUUGGAUACCGUGAUGACAUUGAACAAAGAUAG